AUGCCGAUCAUAAAGCCUGCCACGCUGGCUCCUGAUGCGCCUCAACAGCACAAGCAACCCUCCAGAAAAGGAAAGAAGGCUUGGAGAAAAAAUGUGGAUGUUACCGAAAUUCAAGAGGGGCUUGAAGAAGUGCGCGAGCAGAUAAUCAAAGGAGGUAUCAUUGCCGAGAAAGAUUCCUCAGAGCUCUUCGCUGUCGACACCGCCGGCGACAUUUCCAUACCCAGGAAGUUCUUGAAGGAAACCAAACGCCUCAAAGCAGAUGAAAUCAUUGCCCAACGCUCCGCUGUCCCAGCAGUAUCAAUCCGCAAGCGACCUGGUGAUAACACUACGAAUGGACUCGCCCAACCCAAGCGUCAGAAAACCAGCUAUGUCUCACAUAAAGAACUUACCCGACUCCGCAAUAUCGCCGACGGACGAAAAAAUGAAGCUCUAGUCGAGGUUACGGAGGCUUCCUUCGAUCCAUGGGACAUCCAAAAAGAUGUUGAAGAAGCAAAACAAGACCCCCGCUUCUCGUUCCUCGAGAAGAGCAAAAAGAGAACCGCCCCAAAGACCUUGAAGCAGAGACCCAUUUCUCUCGCAGCCAGCGGCAAAGACAUCCCAGCAGUUAAGAAGCCAGAGGGCGGCUAUAGCUACAAUCCCAUGUUCGCCGACUAUGAAGAGCGUCUCACGACAGAAGGCAACAAGGAAACCGAAGCCGAGAAGAAGCGUCUCGCAGCUGCAGAAACAGAGCGCGUGAAAUUCGAAGCAGCAACCAAAUCUGCCGCGGAGGCAGAGGCUGCAGAAGUUCGAGCAGAGCUGUCGGAAUGGGAGGAAGAUUCUGCAUGGGAGGGCAUUGAGAGCGGGGCUGAGGAUGUGAGGUUGAAUGCUAAGAGACCUGAGCGGAAGACACAGGUGCAGAGGAACAAAAUAAAGAGGAGAAAGGAGGAGGAGCGCAAGGCGAAGAUGGCUGCGGAUAUCAAGAAGAAGAAUGAGCAGACGGCGCAAGUGAAAAAGAUUGCAAAGGCGUUGAAUGCCAAGGAGACCUCCCGUGCCUUGGCUCUUCUGAUCGACGAUGAUGAUAGCAGUGAGGGCGAUGAUCUCGAGCUCAGACGACGGAAAUUGGGCAAGAUUGCUCUGCCGGAAAGAGACUUGGAGCUGGUUCUGCCUGACGAAUUACAGGAGUCGCUGAGAUUAUUGAAGCCGGAAGGGAAUCUGCUCAAGGACAGAUACAGGAAUCUUCUUGUGAGGGGUAAAGUCGAGAGUCGCAGACCUAUCAGCUUUUCCAAGAAGGCGAAGAGAAAGGCUACGGAGAAGUGGACGCACAAAGACUUUAUGUUGCAUUGA